AUGGCGCCAAACGAGCUGUCGCCGGACGCGUUUGUGGACGAGGCGAAGGUCGUCGCGGGCGAGCUCGGCGCGAGCGUUAAGGUUGUCGAGAUUAAACGUUACGCGCAACUCGUCGAGGAGGGCUACGGAUGUCUGGCGGGCGUCGGAAGCGCUUCGAGUCGCGACGGUCGUGAUCCCGCGCUCGUGCACUUGCGAUUUACGCCGAAAGGUUGCGUCGACCCGGACGCGCCGUCCAUCGCGUUCGUGGGCAAGGGUAUCACGUUCGACACCGGUGGGCUUUCGCUGAAAUCUAAAGACGGCAUGUGCGGUAUGAAGACGGACAUGGGCGGUGCCGCGGGUAUGCUGUGCGCGUUUGAGUCCAUCGCUCGCGAGGACGCCGAAUCGAAUUUCAAGACGCCACUCGACCUCGUGCUGUGCAUCGCCGAAAACGCAAUUGGCUCGGGCGCGAUUCGCCCGGAUGACAUUCUCGUCGGCAAGAGCGGAAAGACAGUGGAAAUCAACAACACCGACGCCGAAGGGCGCCUCCCGCGCAUCAUCGUCGACAUGGCCACGCUCACCGGAGCGCAAAUGAUCGCCACCGGGCGUAAACACGCCGGACUUGUGACCGAUAGCGAAGACAUGGAGCACACCAUCGUGCGAUUGGGCAGAAUCACCGGAGAUCUGGCGCACGCCCUGCCCUACGCUCCGGAAAUGUUCAAGAGUGAGUUCAGUUCCAAAGUCGCCGACAUGAAAAACUCCGUCGCCGACCGCGCCAACGCGCAAUCGAGCUGCGCCGGUCAAUUCAUCGCCAAUCACUUACACCCAGACUGGGUCGCUCGCGAUGACACGGCUUGGAUUCACCUCGACAUGGCUGGUCCUGGUAACUUUAAAGACGGUUUAGGUUCUGGCUAUGGAGUGGCUCUGCUCAACGCGCUCUACAAAGAAAUCGACAGUCGACCGCAAUGA